AUGUGCGUAUUUCAUAGCGAACUGGAGCCGAAUGAGGAACGUGUUGACGAAGGGGAUAAAAUGCUCUAUGCUGCUGCUACUGGUAAUCCGCGCCGUGCUGUGUCAUCUGAAACACCAAACGACUGUGUGACUGGCGAUGCAAGUGUCGACUGUGCUAAUGUAAGAGAUCGUUGCUGUGCUACUAACCAAGCGCCUAUGCUGCUAUAUUACCAGAAUACCCGUGGUCUGCGCAGUAAAGUUGCCGAAUUUUCCAUUGCUGCAUCAGCUUCUCUGUAUGACUGUAUUGUCCUGACUGAAUCAUGGCUAGACCCCCAAAUUUGUUCAUCUCAACUAUUUGGAUCUGAGUAUAAUGUCUUUCGUACCGAUCGCUGUCUAGCAAACAGUAACAAGUCUUCUGGUGGAGGGGUGGUCGUUGCAGUUCGAAGUUCGUUCCAAUCUGCUUUAAUAAUUGAUGCCAUGGACGAUUCACUCGAACAAUUAUGGGUGCAGAUCAUAGCCGAGAAUUCAAUAGUUGUUAUUGGUGUUAUUUAUGUUCCACCAAAUCUGCGCAACGAACAUGACGUAUUCGAACGCCACAUUUUAUCCAUUGAAAAGGCUACCGUUUCGAUAGGUCCAUGCGACGACUUGUUAUUGUUUGGGGAUUAUAAUGGUGCUAGUCUCUCCUGGUCGAAGCAGCCUGGUAGUAACUAUUUAGUCGUAGACGCGUUGCACUCCACAAUUAAUGUUAGUAGUUCCUGCUUGCUUGAGGGAGUUGCUUUAAGUGGAUUAUACCAGAUUAAUGAAGUUCACAACCAGAAUAAUAGACUUCUCGAUCUGAUUUUCGUCAAUCAGCAUACUUUGCCUGCCUGUGAUGUCUGUCCUGCACCAGAAAUCCUGAGUAUUAUUGACGUUCAUCAUCCACCUGUAAUGGUUAGUUUCUACCGAAAUUUUCAACAGACAUUUAUUGACGAAUUUGACCCGUCUGAAUUUGAUUUUCGUCGAGGCGAUUUCGAUUCUAUGAACGCAUACCUAAUGACAAUUUAUUGGAUAUCGAUCUGUAAUUGUACCGAUUUUAAUAAAGCUGUAGAUAAAUUUACCGCAACAAUUCAUCAGGCAAUUGCUGACCACGUUCCAAAAGUUCGUCCACGUCGUAAACCCGCUUGCGGAACCACUGAGCUCUCCCGUCUGAACCGUAAGCGAAAGUCUGCUCUUCGUGCGUACCAUAAAAAUAGAAAUUCUUUUAAUCGUAUACGUUUCACAACGACAAGUCGGAGAUAUAAAAUCCUAAACAAGCAGCUCUAUCAGAGUUAUGUACAAAACACGGAGCGUAAUCUUCGGCUUAAUCCAAAGAGUUUUUGGAAGUUUGUAAACUCAAAACGUAAGGAACAUGGUUUACCUUCCAGCGUAUUUCUAAAAAACGAUGAAGCUUCUACCGUCAACCGAAAAUGUGAUUUGUUUGCUGAAUAUUUCUCGGGAGUUUUCAGCCUUGAAUCAGCUUCGUCGGAAAAUAUUGAAGCAGCAUUACGUUUUGUUACGAGUGACGAGAUUGCAGCUCAAACAUUCACGGUUACUGAAGUUGAAGUUGCUGAAGCCGUUGGUAGAAUGAAACAAUGCUAA